AUGCUGUGCAGAUUUUAGUAUUUUGCAUUCGCAGCCGUCAUGUGCAGCGAGAAAAAAUACAUCGCAAAGAAACCGUAUAGACAAGAUCGUCGAUGUUGAAAUAUCAGAAAAACUAGUAUUCAAUGCUCAACUGUCAAAAUCUCAGCUGUACUCCCAGAUGAUCGAUUGCUAAUAUUUUGCACGGCAUGCCAGGAGUAAACAGAUUGCAGGACAAGUUGUAGAAGGAAGCCUUGGCAAUUGCAUUGCGAAAAAUAAACGGACAUUGCAAGACUGUACGAUCAGAAAGAAUUUUCCACCCCAGUUCCUCGAAUCGGUACCGAUUUUCAUCGCAGACCUUGUCUGUCAGUCAAGCUGAGGAAUGUCGCGGGGUAAGAAAACGAAGAAAAAGGUACCUCGGCGGAGACAGGAAACGUCCUCCCUGCUUACUGCGAACCAUCAUACCGAAAUGCAUGCGGCCACUUUUCGCGGAGGAGUUGCAGGUACCAGCAAGGCUGAUUCGUUUUUAAGAUUUCCACUCAAAGGCGAAAAACUCCAAGCUCACCCUCGAAGUCCCUUUAAUUUUGACAAUGGGCAAGUACACGUGGAAUCGAGCUCCCCGACCCCAAAUCGGCGAUCACCGAAGAGCCUGAGCACCGUGUUCAACGCAGCGGAACUUGAAAAACUGAAAGAAACGCUGCACGUGUCAGACUUGUCUUACAUGCCGUUACUCCUUGGCGCGGUUGUUCUGGAAAAAAGGGAUACCGUAAAAAGUCUGCUGCGAGAUGGACACCGGGUUGAUUCUUGUGCGAAAGACAAGUCGACCCCGCUGAUGUGGGCGGUUCGGAAAAAGAACCUGGAGAUGAUCAACGUGUUGAUGCAGCACGACGCUGAUCCAACUCUACUCGACAAUAAUACGGACAACGUAGCCUUGAUCGCUAUCCAGUCAACGACCUGGGAUGAAAAUGACUUCCUAGACUUCUGGAAGACCAUUAACUAUAGAAUGGAUCUUGACCAUGCGAAUGUCACCGGGAACACCAUACUUCACUAUGCGAUUAAGCGACAGUGGAGUGUUCUGGUUGAACAGAUAUUGAAAACUGAGGCUAACGUUAACUGCGCAAACGUCAAAGGGGUCACUCCGCUAAUGAUGGCGGGAAUCAGGGUGAACCCCUCCAUGGUGAGCGCUCUUCUUCGAAAUCACGCCGAUGUUUCUCGAGAGGAUUCCCGAGGGUGCACUGCUCUGUGUUACUCGAUUGCUUGUAGUAUGCAAAAAAAACUUGACAUACCUCACCCGUCGCUGCAGAAACUUGUCUGCGCAGUUAACGCAGAAGAAUCAAAUUUGACAAUUGAAAGCUACUUGAAGAGACGCUUGGAACUUUUGAUCUGUCCACCUGAACAAGCGGAAAAUUUUACGUCGACAAUAAACUCCAUCAUCAGAUCCGUAUUCGGAUUCUUCGCUCAGUACACGCAGUCUGGUCUCAAGAUAUUCCUGCAUCUCGAUGUCUUCGAAAAGAUUCGAAAGGCAGUAGAGGAACACAUGGAAAAUUGGAACUACCUUCAAGCCAUACUGGGAAUUCUGAUUGAUUUACUUUGUCACUGGGACUGCUGCACCAAUGGUGAUACCGCAAAAAUACCAGAGUCUGAUUUGAUGGAUUCAUUUGCAACCGCUGAUCUGCCAAAUGCCUGUCUCCGCGUAUUAAGACGGUAUCGGGCGACGAAUUGCGUGGUAUCUUCGGGAUUAGAACCAAUUUUUGCUAAAUGUACAACUCAUGGAAAGACUCGCGAGUGGUUGGAAGAAAAUCGCGAUCACAUAGAACCGUACUAUUCAAAUUUGCUGCAGGAGAACCAUAAGAUGCAGUUACAAACACCGACCGAAGACCAGAAACAUCGUCUAUUUAGUACGAUUAUGCAGUUUCGUUAUCUGAUGAGAAACUUUAAACAGCGUAGUGACACAGCUCUGGAAUCACUACCGGAUUCUAGCUUCAGCAAAAGCGAUCGGCCACUUAAAAUCAAUCAGUCGUCAACAAGUCCCGAACAUUCUCCCGCUCAGAGUGUUGGUUCCUCGAAAAAACAACGUCGUAAAAUUAAAACCCUACGAAUGAAGCUGGCCAAGAUGAGAGGGCUGAGAUUGGUCGAGCAUAAUGGUUCAUCGUGUGUUCAGAGCGAGGCUGGUGUUAAAUACUUUUCAAAAAGUACGCGACCACCAAUGUCACAUCACGGGAACCCCGCAAUUCAGAUUGAACAUCAAAGUCCUCGGCCGAUGUUUCGGCGACAGAAUCAAUCCUUGUACAGGAGAAAAGAUUGCGCUUCUUGGAAGCCAGCGGAAAGAAUCGAGAUUGAGGAUUCGAUGGAGGUUUUCGAUUGCAAUUUCUCAACUAGCAACGUCGAACUUAAACCGAAAAUUGGUGAAGAAAAUUCGGCAGCAAAUGGAAAGGAACUAUCGGUAGCUGGAGACGUUGCAGGGCUUAAAACCCCACGUACUACGGAGGAGACAUUGGAGUGUAUUUCGAAAGUCUCAAAUCCGGGUGAUUUCUUAGAUGAUGCUGCCCUCUCUCAGACGAGGCGUGCAUUGGAAGACAAUAACAAUUCCUGUAAUAAUGAUACACCAUACCAACCUUAUACCAGUCAAGUGGACGAAAGUAAUAAUUCAAGUGAAUAUGUGCCCGACAACGUGGAGGCCACAAUUUCCUACCUUUCAAAUUUGUUUGAAGAAAUUAUAUCGUGUUACCGAAGAAAUUGGAAACACGAUCGAGAAUCAGGUUACCCGGGCUACAAAGGAGGCCAAGGUGAUCUUGUGGCUGCUACAGAGGAACAAAUUGAAAUAAGAAUCGAAGAAAUAGCCAGGCUUAAUACCAUACUACCAAAGCUGGAAGAUUCUUGUAUAAACAAGUUAACGGAAAGUUGGUUGUCCUUGAUCUCGAAGGUGCGGGAAACUGCAAAUCGUGAUUUCAAAAAAUACAAGAGCGUCGUCACUCUGCUCCAGUUGCACCUGCUGAUGUAUAAAGUGUCUCCAACGAAUGAUUUCGAUAAAAGCACCGAGAAGUCUGGGAUUAGUAAACCUUUGGAGAACGAUCAACUUAACAAAAAAUUGGGAACUAUAGGUGACGGAGGAAUGAAAAAGGAGAAUGAGAGACAAUCCGACUUCCUUAGUGAAUCGGCAACGAAGAUGCAUUACGGGGGAUCUUAUGAAACCGAGGAAACGCAAUACCGUAUGAUUCCUCAGCGGGUGGAGAACGCAUUCCUCGACGAGGCUGAGUCUACUGAUAGCGACGGUGACGCGCCGGCUCGGGUUCUUGAUAAACAAGACGAGUUGCAAACUACCACGUACCAAUGCUGUGAACAAGGCAUGCUGGAGCAGAGCACGAAUCCAGUGACCCCUGGUAAUACAACAACUGUUGUGUACACUGCACAAAUAAUAGAGGCUCGUCGUACUCAAGUCAACGUCAACUCCACGACGCAUACAUUUGCAGAAUUAUUGCGAACACGUAGCGCCGACGUGUUUUCUGCCGUCCCGGUACCACCGCCGCUAAUUCAUUUGCGAACAACCAGGGCGACGGGUUUGACAUUCGCCGAAAAUCCAUGGAUGCAGUUGAAAAAUCGCCGGACACUCAAUGCUCGAAAGGGUGCUCCAGCAGCACAAGCGUACGUCAGCCGAUGGGACGUCUUGCUAAAAGGAUUCAGAGCGCAUUUGAACCACAAAACACACGGACCAGGAGAAGCCGUGCUUAUCAGCGCGUCAGAACAGCGAAAACACUUCACCAUAUCAUUAGGCGGCAACUUCGGACCGAUCGAAUUGGGCCUUGACACGGACGGCAGACCUCUUGCUGUAAGAAGAUUGCGCAGAGAAGACAGUGCGCUUAUUCUGUCUGCGCUGACUCCUCUGCUUGCCAUUAGACAUGGUAAUAUUUUGCCGUUCUUUAUUUCUGCCGACGAUGGUGCGGAUGUGAUCAUCGGCACACCGCUAUGCGAAUACAACCUUGGGGAGUACCUGAUGUAUUUGAAAAUCGGCAAAGGACUGGAGGAGCGAUCGCUUGUGCUCGUUAAACAAUUUUUGGUAGGAUUGUACUUCUUGCACAACAAUGAUGUGCCCGUUGUUCACGGAAACAUCAAGCCAUCAAACUUGAUGAUUGAUCGAGCUGGCGUUCUGAGACUGGCUGAAUUUGGCUUGUGGAAAUCACUGUACCGUUCCAGCCGUCCGCCAAGCUCAUCGAUGAUUUGGUUUUCACGCGAAAGUUACGAAAAUUACGAAGAGAAUGAAGUACUCGACUGCACUUGCGCCUCCGACAUACAGAUCGCCGGGAUGGUCGUGCACUUCAUAUUAACCGGAGGCCUUCACCCCUAUGGGACUCAGACCAGCGAUAUCCUCGAUAACAUUCGACGGGGUUAUCCGACAAUUCAAUGUCAAGGCUGUGAAAUCGUUGAUCUGAUAUCAUGGAUGUUGGUAAUUGACCCACUCGAUCGCCCGUCCAUAAAUCAAGUCCUCACGCAUGUAUUUUUCUGGGAUUCAAACAAGAAAUGGUCCUUCCUACUGGCUUGCGCCGGAAUAAAUGCAAACGGGGAAGUUCUUCCAUUGCCGUUAGAAUCAUUCCACAGAGACUUAGAAGCGAAGGCAAUAUCCGAUCAAGUUAAAGGUGAUUGGUUGUCAAUAGUUCGGACACAAUUUCCUGCUUUGGUAUUGAAUGAAGGCCAGUACUCGAAUUCGCCAACUGGACUUUUGGUAUUCGUGCGACGAUUAUUGGAAUCGGAACCAGUUGCUUGUCAGUCUGCUGUGCCGCAAUUUAUCCUUAGCGCAUUCCCCACGCUAACUCUGUCGCUCUAUCGCCUUCUGGAAGCAACACGUUGGCACUCUCAUCCUGUGUUUUCGUCAUAUGUAAGAGUGAAUUGAGUUUGAUGU